AUGGCAGCCAACGGCACCAACGGCACCAACGGAGCAAAGGUCGGCUUCGACGUUAGUGGACUCGUACCGGCGCCCGUCACGCCUUUCAAUGAAGAUGGCAGCGUCGACUAUGCCGCCAUUCAGCGCCUGGGGUCAUGGCUCGGCAGCAUCGACGGCGUCAAGGGUCUGGUGGUGCUAGGCCAUGCAGGCGAGGGCACGUUUUUGACCCAGGAGGAACAAGUCGACGUCAUCAAGGCGUUUGCUGCGUCAGUUAACCAUAAGGUGCCCAUCAUUGCCGGAAUCACGGCCGAAGGCACCGAAGUCGCUGCUCUCGAAGCCAAGAGGGCCAAGGAGGCCGGUGCGGCUGCGGGCCUACUCUACCCGUCCCAUGGCUGGCUGCGCUUUGGUUACCAACCAGGUGCCCCUCAGGACCGCUACCGGCGCGUCUAUGAGGUCAGCGGCCUGCCGCUCAUCCUCUUCCAGUACCCGGACAACACCAAGGCGACGUACAGUCUGCAGACGAUGCUGGACAUUUCGGCGCAGCCGGGUGUCUUUGCCAUGAAGAAUGGCGUGCGGAACAUGCGCCGCUGGGACACGGAGAUUCCUGUGGUCCGCCGCGAGCGGCCCGACCUGCAGAUCUUGACGUGCCACGACGAGUACCUUCUGCACACUGCCUUUGACGUCGACGGCAUGCUCGUCGGCUACGGCAACAUUGCACCGGAGCCCCUGAUUGAGUUGAUUGCGGCUGGAAAGGCAAAGGACUACAAGCGGGCUCGGGAGCUUCACGACCAAUUGCUGCCCGUUACCAAGGCUGUCUACCACCGUGGCUCGCAUAUGGAAGGCACUGUCGCCCUCAAGCACGCACUGGUGGCUCGCGGUAUUCUGAACCACGCCGCCAUCCGGUCGCCGCUGCUGCCGCUUCCGGAUGGUGCUGAGGAAGAGAUUCACACGGCUGUGAAGCUGGCGAAACUGCCUCGCGUCCUGUGA